GCGCAAGCUAAUUGACCAACAGCCAUCACAAAGCCCAAGGAACCUUCGAGAUUCUCCUCUUGCAUAGUAAUUGCCUUUUCCUGCUCCAUUCCACUCCGCGACUCUCAAAGCCCCCGAAGGGAAACAGGUGAAUCUACGGCAUCGAUAUUCUUUCGCCAUGUCGGACGAGGAAGUCGUUGACCAAAAGAAGACACUAGAAGAGACUUGCAAGCCCAAGUGUGUAAGGCAACUUAGGGAAUAUCAGGCUUGUGCUAAAAGGAUAGAAGGUGAUGAAUCUGGGCACAAGCAUUGCACUGGACAGUAUUUUGAUUAUUGGCAGUGUAUUGACAAAUGUGUUGCGGUGAAGCUAUUUGACCAGCUCAAGUAGCGAGGAUGCAAUUUGAUCCUUUGGCAUUUAUCUUGAUUUAUGUUGCUGUUUUGCUAUCGAACAAAGCGUUACCAUAUUGUUCCGUCAUGCUGCAGACUUGCAAUCUUUUCUUGCAACAUUGUAGCUGCGUGGAAAAUUUUGAGCCAUGAUCAUUAUGAACUUAUUAAAUAAAAGCAAACGUGUUUCCUCAAAUUUGUCAUUUCUGUUCUAUUCGUUCGUUCAAAUGAUUAAGAAUGCCCCGCAUCAGAUGUUUUUCCUGAUUUUGCACUA